AUGUCGGUUCCGAAUCACUCGUUACCUGACAUUCGACUCCCCGGUGCAGUGGCAGCUAUUAACCCUAUCAACUAUACCAUACAACUUAACAAACCUCCAGCGGCCGAAGCCCAGCGAGUUUGUGAUACUAAAGGGCAGGACGAAUAUUUAUCACAAACCAAUGAUAUAUCCUUCCCUGAUGGUGUUCUCAUCCGCCACCAGCCACUGCAUAUUUAUACCGGAACAAAUCCCAGUGAAAAUUCACGAGUGCGCGCCGUUGGAGUUGUCGUCAAGGAUGGCUAUACCGACUGCAAUGAUGCCGUCACCUCAUGA